CCCCCGAAUUCCACCUGGCUCCCAGUGCCCUGUGGACAUUGCCUUUCUGGAUGCUUUUAGAUCCGAUUCCUACUUGGCUGUCUGGUUUCAGCAGAAACUGGGCCUGAGAAGGAAGAAGCCAGAAGAACAUUUGCUUUGUUUGGAGGAAAAGUGGCCGGCAACAGCGAGCAAAUCCUCAGGCAUCAUUGAAAGUGGGAAGCUUCAAAAUUUCGUAUGGUGACUGACAGGGUGGGCCAGACAAGGACUUUUAUCUUGCUUUCCUCGCCAUGGCUAAUCUGUUGCCCCAGUCUCGAGUCUCUUAUUUCAAAAAAUAUCCUCUCCAUGCCAUUAGGAAAUAUUUGUCGAUGCUGAGACACCAAAGAGCUGAAGAACAGGUUGCACGUUUUCAAAAAAUACCUAAUGGUGAAAAUGAAACAAUGAUUCCUGUGUUGACAUCAAAAAAAGCAAGUGAACUACCAGUCAGUGAGGUUGCAAGCAUUCUCCAAGCUGAUCUUCAGAAUGGCCUGAACAAAAGUGAAGUUAGUCAUAGGCGAGCGUUCCAUGGCUGGAAUGAGUUUGACAUCUGUGAAGGCGAACCGCUAUGGAAGAAGUAUAUUUCUCAGUUUAAAAAUCCCCUUAUUAUGCUGCUUCUGGUCUCAGCAGUCAUCAGUAUUUUAAUGCAUCAGUUUGAUGAUGCUGUCAGUAUCACUGUGGCAAUACUUAUCGUCGUUACAGUUGCCUUUGUUCAGGAGUAUCGCUCAGAAAAAUCUCUUGAAGAACUGAGUAAACUUAUGCCACCAGAAUGCCAUUGUGUACGUGAAGGGAAAUUGGAGCAUACACUUGCACGAGACUUGGUUCCAGGUGAUACGGUUUACCUUUCCGUUGGGGACAGAGUUCCUGCUGACUUACGCUUGUUUGAGGCUGUGGAUCUUUCUAUUGACGAGUCCAGCUUGACAGGAGAGACAACCCCUUCUUCUAAGGUUACAGCCCCUCAGCCCACUGCAACUAAUGGAGCUCUUGCAUCAAGAAGUAACAUUGCCUUCAUGGGAACACUGGUCAGGUGUGGCAAAGCAAAGGGUAUUGUCAUUGGAACUGGUGAAAACUCUGAAUUUGGGGAGGUUUUUAAAAUGAUGCAGGCAGAAGAAGCACCAAAAACCCCUUUGCAGAAGAGCAUGGAUCUCCUGGGAAAACAACUUUCCUUUUACUCCUUUGGUAUAAUAGGUAUCAUCAUGUUGGUUGGCUGGUUACUAGGAAAAGAUAUCCUGGAAAUGUUUACUAUCAGUGUAAGUUUGGCUGUAGCAGCAAUUCCUGAAGGUCUUCCAAUUGUGGUCACAGUGACUCUUGCCCUGGGUGUUAUGAGAAUGGUGAAGAAAAGGGCCAUUGUGAAAAAACUGCCUAUUGUGGAGACUCUGGGCUGCUGUAAUGUGAUUUGUUCAGAUAAAACUGGAACACUGACGAAGAAUGAAAUGACUGUAACUCACAUAUUUACUUCAGAUGGCCAGCAUGCUGAGGUUACUGGAGUUGGCUAUAAUCCAUUUGGGGAAGUGAUUGUCGAUGGUGAUGUUGUUCAUGGAUUCUAUAACCCAUCUGUUAGCAGAAUUGUAGAGGCUGGCUCUGUGUGCAAUGAUGCUGUAAUAAGAAAUAACAGUCUUAUGGGGAAGCCAACAGAAGGAGCUUUAAUUGCUCUUGCAAUGAAGAUGGGUCUUGAUGGACUUCAACAGGACUAUAUCAGAAAAGCAGAAUAUCCUUUUAGCUCAGAACAAAAGUGGAUGGCAGUUAAGUGUGUACAUCGAACACAGCAGGACAGACCAGAGAUUUGUUUCAUGAAAGGUGCUUACGAACAGGUGAUUAAGUAUUGUACUGCAUACCACAGUAAAGGGCAGACCGUGCCACUCACUCAGACGCAGAGAGAUCUUUACCAGCAAGAGAAGGCGCGGAUGGGCUCCGCAGGGCUUAGAGUUCUUGCUUUGGCUUCUGGUCCUGAACUGGGACAGCUGAUGUUCCUUGGCCUGGUGGGAAUGAUAGAUCCUCCCAGAACUGGUGUGAAAGAAGCUGUUGCAACGCUCAUUGCCUCAGGAGUGUCCAUACAGAUGAUCACUGGUGAUUCCCAGGAGACUGCAGUCGCCAUCGCUAGUCGUCUGGGAUUGUAUUCCAAAACUUCGCAGUCUGUUUCCGGAGAAGAACUGGAUGCAAUGGAUGUUCAACAGCUUUCACAAAUAGUACCAAAGGUUGCAGUAUUUUACAGAGCAAGUCCGAGGCACAAGAUGAAAAUCAUUAAGUCUCUCCAGAAAAAUGGGUGUGUUGUAGCCAUGACAGGAGAUGGAGUCAAUGACGCAGUUGCUCUGAAGGCUGCAGACAUUGGAAUUGCCAUGGGCCAGGCUGGCACAGAUGUUUGCAAAGAGGCAGCAGACAUGAUCCUGGUGGAUGAUGAUUUUCAAACCAUCAUGUCUGCAAUUGAAGAGGGUAAAGGAAUUUAUAAUAACAUUAAAAAUUUUGUUAGAUUCCAGUUGAGCACGAGUAUAGCAGCAUUAACUUUAAUCUCAUUGGCUACAUUAAUGAACUUUCCUAAUCCUCUCAAUGCCAUGCAGAUUUUAUGGAUCAAUAUUAUUAUGGAUGGACCUCCAGCUCAGAGCCUAGGAGUAGAGCCAGUGGAUAAAGAUGUCAUUCGUAAACCUCCACGCAAUUGGAAGGACAGCAUUUUGACCAAAAAUCUAAUACUUAAAAUACUUAUUUCAUCAAUAAUCAUUGUCUGUGGAACAUUAUUUGUCUUCUGGCGGGAGCUAAGAGACAAUGUGAUAACACCUCGAGACACAACGAUGACUUUCACGUGCUUUGUGUUUUUUGACAUGUUCAAUGCGCUAAGCUCCAGAUCCCAGACCAAAUCUGUGUUUGAGAUCGGGCUCUGCAGUAAUAAAAUGUUUUGCUACGCAGUUCUUGGAUCCAUCAUGGGACAGUUACUAGUUAUUUAUUUUCCUCCACUUCAGAAAGUUUUUCAGACCGAGAGCCUGAGUAUAUUGGAUCUGCUCUUUCUUUUGGGUCUCACUUCAUCGGUGUGCGUAGUGUCAGAAAUAAUAAAGAAGGUUGAAAGGAGCAGGGAAAAGAUCCAGAAGCACGUUAGUUCACCUUCGUCGUCGUCUUUUCUUGAAAGGCAUUCUACAUGGUUUAGAAGUUGAUUCGUUGGAGUGCCAUAUUUCAGCUACUGUAUUUCCUUUUUCCUACAACGUGAGCAGCUCAGAAACCUCAUGUUACCACUUUUGUAUCUCAAGAUAUUUUUUUUGCACAGGAUGUGACCACGUCAGAUCACUGUUCUUUUCUUUCUUUUUGUGAUUGAAAAGCCUAUUCUGCAAUUUGAUUGAAGUAAAUAUUUGUUUUUCUUAGUAAGUAUAAAAUGGUUGCUUUUUUUUUUUCUUUUCAAGGGUUUGAGUCUUUGGUCUUUCAGAAUUAAAACUGGGUUAUCAAGUGGUAUUUUUGUUAGGUAGCAAUGUCUGUAGUUAACUUCCAGUCAGUGUCAAAAACACUUGAUUAGCUAAAAAUUAUAACAUCAUUUAAACAUAUCUCCUUAUUGAGUUAAUUAUAAAUACAUUGUCAAAUACCACUUUGUCAUUCCCUAAAUAUAAAUCCAAGUACCUCAUCUGAAUAACUGAAUCAUAUUACAUAAGAUGUUUUUUUAAUGUUUGUCUUUUUAAGGUUCUUUUUUAGAGGAAGUAGAGUACUAUACUUAAAAGAUUAAAAAAAAAUAAACCCAAGCAGAUGUCUUGUGAACUAGGGUAUGUGGAAGAUUUUGUUGGCUUUGCUCAUGUUGUAUCUUUAGCUUCUUUGCUUUAUAUCAGCGCCUCUUCCUUCUAAAUCUUUAUCAUUUGUCCUCUGCUUUCUUUUUAUUUCAUUGGCAUGCUAGAGAAACUAAUGACUAUGUUCUUUGUAAUUCCAUCUUUUUUUAAAUAGCUGACGGAGGUAAAUGUAAUUUGUGGCAAAUUUUGACCAGAGAUACAAAAUUAGACGUUCACUCUCCUUUUGAAUAUUUCUCUCUGAAGCAAACAGUUCUCAAAUUCUUACAGGUUUAAAUCUUCUUGAAGUUAGUGACUGUUUUGUAUUUUAUAAUGUCCAUUUUUUUUAAUCGUCAGGACAAACCACUCUCUAGUUUUUAUAAACAAUAUUAAACUGCCAGUAUCUGCACUGAUAUUGUUAUUAAAUGACAAGGAAAAUGUUCUUUGAGUUCUUGUUACUGAAACAGUCAAGUAUAAGGAACUGAGAUGCCUGCAGUUUUAUUCUCCUUUAUCCUUAAUGACUGACUAGUCAAAGAUACAUCAUUCCUUCUCCUUAAAUAAACAUGACAUAAAGUCAUUUUAGUGACUUGAUGUCUCCUACUUAAA